UCGUCCCUGUUUUCAGCGAUCAAACCAGUGCUGGAGUUUUCAACGACAAAGUAAAGAGGGAGAGAGGGUUUAAGGGGCAAAACCGAUUUGAUUGCAAAUUUUCAAAUUCCUUGAUUUUGAUCUAUUCUGUUGUUCCAGAUUCUCGAUCGUUGCUUGAAAUUCGAAUAGAGUUGAGUUGAUUAUUAAGGAGGAGGAUGGUGCUGGUUUUAGCCUUGGGAGAUCUUCACAUCCCGCAUAGGGCUGCUGAUCUUCCUGCAAAGUUUAAGUCUAUGCUUGUUCCUGGAAAGAUCCAACAUGUAAUCUGUACUGGUAACCUAUGCAUUAAAGAGGUUCAUGAUUACUUAAAGACUCUUUGUCCUGACUUGCAUAUUACUAGAGGUGAGUAUGACGAGGAUACACGUUACCCUGAGACUAAGACUCUAACGAUUGGUCAAUUUAAGCUUGGAUUAUGCCAUGGCCACCAGGUUAUUCCAUGGGGUGACUUGGACUCAUUAGCUAUGCUUCAAAGGCAAUUGGAUGUAGACAUACUUGUGACUGGACACACCCAUCAGUUCACAGCUUACAAACAUGAAGCAGGGGUUGUUAUAAAUCCAGGAUCUGCUACUGGUGCCUACAGUAGCAUCACAUAUGAUGUCAACCCUAGCUUUGUUCUCAUGGACAUUGAUGCCCUGCGUGUUGUGGUCUAUGUUUAUGAACUCAUUGAUGGAGAAGUCAAAGUUGACAAGAUUGAUUUCAAGAAGACAACAACACAGAGUGCUAAUUGAAUAAGAGAACUUGUAAUUCAGCUGAUUUUACUGGAAUCCCAAGAGUCGAUAAGACAUUAUAUUCCUUUGUUUUGCUUGUUUCUAAGGCUUUUUCUACUAACUUUUGUUCUUUAUUUUCCUGUUGCUUCUGAUAAUUGAGGUUUAUGUUCAGUUACUUUAGCAAGUAUGCAUUGAAAAUUCAGUUGGUUGAUUGGAAUGAAUCUUCUGUAAGGAAAAAAAAA